AUGCAGCUUAAUGCCAUGAAACUUGCAUCUGGUGAAGGCUUCGGUCCUACAGCGCGGUCUCGGCUCGCCCGUAUGAGGAAACGGGGCUUAGCUAAACUCAGGCAUGACGUAUUGAGGCGUGGAGAUGCUCUCACGUUAGAGCAGUUCAUCCGUGUGAUGCUCCUGGCAUUGAGUAGAGAUGAGGAUGGGUACACGAGGGCAGAGAAGUUGUCCGAGGAACAGGAGCUCGCCCUUGUGAAGGAGCUACAUCGCUGGUAA